CUCUCUGUUCAACCUUCACUCAAGGAAGAACCCCCAGGCUGUCUGUAUCUCUUUAGCUAAAAAGCUUUUUAUUGUUUCUGCUGUUGUAAUAUUAUGGGGCUCACCGAGCAAGAAUGGCAGAAGGUCAUGGACAUCUGGGACAAAGUGGAACCAGAUCUCUCUUUGCACGGACAGGAAGUUAUCAUCAGGAUGUUCCAGAACCACCCUGAGACUCAAGAGCGCUUUGUCAAAUUCAAAAAUUUAAAGACUCUGGAUGAGAUGAAGAACUCGGAAGAAGUAAAGAAACAUGGAACCACUGUCCUCAGUGCUUUGGGUAAAAUUCUGAAACAGAAGGGGUCCCACGAAGCAGAACUGGCACCACUGGCACAGACUCAUGCCAACAAGCAUAAAAUUCCAGUCAAAUAUUUAGAAUUUAUUUCUGAAAUCAUCAUUGGUGUCUUUGCUGAAAAACAUUCUGCAGAAUUUGGGGCUGAUGGUCAAGAGGCAAUGAGGAAAGCCUUGGAGCUGUUCCGGAAUGAUAUGGCCAGCAAAUACAAGGAACUUGGGUUCCAGGGCUAGUAAGGAAAGAAGAUGUCACCAUCGAGAAGACUUAGUGUGUGGUCAGUUUAGGAGAAUAUUUUCAUGUCAGCACAGGAAAAUAGCUUGAAUAAAUUGAAUAGUGUUAAUGCUACACUUGAAGGUAGUAAGCAAGGUAUGUUGUUCAAAAUCUCUAACAUCUGCUAAGGCCAUUUUGGCUGAGACGUAAGGGAAUAAAACCAAUACAUUUGUAGGAUAUCUAAUAAGAUCAAGAGGGAGGUUUAACGAGCUAGAAAGAUGGAGGUGAUAAAACUGGAUAUGUAAUCAUUACACCACUUUUUAGUUCAGUGGAAUGGUCCUCAAAUUCACCACCUACAACCAGGUUCUGAUGACAGACAAAUAGGGAGGGAAAAUUGGGGAGCAGAUGCCAUGAGUCACUGAUUUAAAUGAGAUCUGCCUUGGGAUGGAUAAUCAUCUGCUCCACUGUUCUGUAUGUAAUUAAUGGAAUUAAAAUUGUAUUAAAUUUUAAUUAAAAGUU